UUAUGUAAUCAUUAUUGUUAGUAUAGUGUCAAGACAAUUAAACCACAAAGCCCACAAUAAAGAAAGCAAGCAUGGCCGCAUCUAACAGGCUAAUUGAUGGACUACUGGUGGAUAUUGGUGACACACUAACAGUAGCUAAGUUCACAGAGCUAAUCAGCCUCUAUGAUGUGCCAGUUCCUGAUGGCAUUACAGAUCACUUUAGAGUACUCAAGUACCUCAAAGAUAACGGCAAACUAGAAUUAGAGGAGCUAGCUAAUAAUCUGGAAGACAUUAGAUGUGAAGAUGAAAGUCAGAAAGUGAGAGAGUUUACUGACUUCAAAGCUACAAUACGACAACGGAAGAAUAGUGCAGCCUACGUUGGAAUUAGGGGAGUAGCUGGUGAGAUACAACCAGAGGAGGCCUCUCCAGGUGUCAGAAAGAAAGGGACUAAUGACCAAGAUGAUCCAUACACGGCUGAUGAAGUGGUGGAGGAGAUACCAUGCGAUGCAGAACCAUACAAUGAAGAUGACAUGAAAUACAUGCAAGAGGCAAUAGAUCUUUGUAAAGAAAGUAAAGACAAGAAAACAAAGGUUGGAAGUGUACUGGUUCACACUCAAAAUGGGGUAAUAGGUAGAGGAUAUAACAGGAUGCCUCUGUGUAGGGGACAAGAACUAGAUUUCCCAUGGACAUCUGAUGAAGCUAAAAGUUCACUAGACAAAAAAUACCUCUAUGUGGUCCACUCGGCAAUAGCUGCCAUCAUUGAUGCUACUGAGAGAUGGACUAAAGAUGGUAUCAGCGGCAGUACUCUGUAUACAACACUGUUCCCAGCCAAUCGUGAUGCUCAGGUGUGUGUGGAUUAUGGAAUAACAACAGUGGUUUUUAUCGAUGAUAUUUAUAAAGAUAAACCAUUCACAAAAGCAUCAAAGCGUAUUAUAAAGAAAGCAGAUAUUAAAAUAAGGAGACUGGAUAAAAGCAAGUUCACCAGGCUACCCACCUACCAACUGUAGAGAAUACGUUAGUUUACGUACGUGUGUGUUAUCCCAAUCCCAUCACUAUUUACAUUAUGUAUAACAAUUUUUGAACGUUUGAA